AUGUUUCAGAGUUUGAUUACUAUUUGGCUUGAUCAAGUGUAUGACACUGCACCUACUUCUGCUGUUAAAAUUAACAGUGCAACUCAUCUUUCCUUAUGCAAGAUUGACCCGUAUUUAAUUACAUUCCGUGAUUCAGAUGAAUGCAUUGACUAUAUUACGGAUUUAAAAGAAGAUGAAACUAAAGUAGUUUUGAUAAUAUCAAUAUCAAACGCAAUAUCCUAUCUGCGUUCAGAUGUACUUUUUCAACUUGGUGAUCAACUUUUACAAGUUGAUUCAUUGUAUGUUUUAUUUUCAAAUGACACAAAUAUUGAAACAUUUGAACCGUCGAAAAAAGUACAAGGCCUUUACACGGAUACGAAAUCACUGCGUAAUCAACUCUAUCAACUGCCGUAUUUGAGGCAGAAACGCAGAGAAGGAUUUGUGCGUGCAGAUUUUUCUAUUACCUCAUUGUCGACCGCAGCCGACCCCUGUAGUUCGACCGCUGCUACCAUCACUAAUCAACCAAUAUCGGUUCCUAUUAAACGACAGGAAGCUGAAUUCAUGUAUGCACAAUUUUUACGGGAUAUUUUAAUUGAAAUUGAAUCUACAGAAGAAGAAAUAAUUGAAUUCUGUCGUGAAAAAUGUGUAGAUAAUCAAACAGAAUUAAAAGUUAUCGAAGAAUUCAAAGAUUAUUAUGAUGCUUGUAAUGCCAUAUUCUGGUACACACGCGAUACAUUUCUCUAUCGUCUAUUGAACAAAGCACUGAGAGAACAAGAUAUUGAUGCACUCUAUUCACUACGGUACUUCAUUAAAGAUCUGCAUCUACAAUUAAAAGAACAACAUAUCUUGCAACAGACAUUAACUGUCGCUGAGGAUGCUGCUACUAGUAUAAUAGAAACCGUUUAA